AUGGAGGCUGAAGUGGACGAAGAUGAUGGGACUUUUACUAACAUCUCUCUGGCAGAUGACACAGGUAAGGCCAUGGAGGUCUCUUAGCAGCUGCCUCCUCUCAAAGUCAGUCAUUUUCUAUUCUUUACUGUAACUUCAGACAUAAAACCAGUAUAAUGAGUUGUGCUCAAACUUUCAUUUUUAAACACAGACUUCCUUCCGAGAUCCUGGUGAUAGAUUGAAGUUUUGUCUCUAGUGUUUAUGUAGAGCAAGUGCCAUUGACAGCUGUAGUCCUUUGUAAAUGCAGCAUGUUUCUCAGGUGUAAAGUAGUUAAAUCUAUGCUGCUGUAAUACACAGAUAUGUUUGAUAAAACUUGCCCUUGUGUUUUGAACACAUUUUAUUUCUGUCAUGCAUAACUGUGCAUAUGACAAACACUUACAGCUCUUUUUAUGGGUAUGAGACCGAACAAAGGGCAACAUAGCAAACAAAUAGGCCGUUAAACCAGAGCGGUUAUGCUAGAGUGCUGUGUUUUGACAGGACUGAGGUGUGGCUCCAAAAGCUGCAUUGCUUUGUUUUUGGUAUAACAUCGAACAUCUGUGUUUGAGGGCAUACUCCCCACGACUUAAUUUUGUUGAAACAAAAAGCCCUGUCAUAAAUGCUGAGGACAUAUACCAUGAGGAAAUGAUCUUUUCUUUUCCUAAUUAAAUCCUGCGUUUACAUAUUUAUAUGGGCUGCAAGGAUAACAAACAUACACACGUGCAUGAGCAUCAUAGAGGAGGGUUAAGAGGGAGUGUCUUUCCAGGAAUCCAAAGAGGGAAUGGAAAUGAGAAUAUUAGAGAACUUUCUCAUUACUCUAAAGACAAAAAACACUCUUCAGUCUUGUGAUCUUAUACCCAUCUGAUGAGUUAGGAGUAGGCCCUAAAGUUGAUUGAAUAAAACCUCCCUCCUAGCCACUCUGUAAGUAAUAGCUUGCCGUUACUAAUACCUCAAACUAUUCUCUAAAGGACGACAUAGAGGAGAAUUUCCUCUGAGCUAGGCAGCACCACAGUUUAUAACUUUUGAUCACUCACCAAUUGGUUCCCACAAAACUCACUGUAGGAUUUUUAAUUAUGCCAAAACAUCAAUUAUUUUGUCUGUUUUGUCAGUCUUAUAAAAGGCUAAAAAUCUUGGGGUCACAUUGGAACUAAAUAAUGCUCACUUUGGAUGGAGUAGUGAGCGCCUUCAUUGAUCAAUAAGGAUGGAAUUGUAAAGGUUUAAAAUGAUACUUACAUUGUUGCUGAUGCUUUGGUUAUGGUAUAAAUAAAAGCUUCUAUAAACCCAGCACUAGGGGCUUCAGCACUGCUUAUUUUUGCUUGUUGCCAAUUUUUGUUUUUAACACCAGUGGAGCAGUUAAGUAGUUUAUUAAACAUUACAUAAGAAAGAUGCCGCAAAAAUGGUAUUCUGUGGGGCAAACAUCUCAAGCAAUCCACACUUAGCCUCUGGCUGAGGGCAGCAACUGUCCCUGUGGCAUAAACUAUAAGACAGCUUAUUGGUUGAAGUGGUCAACUCGGCAUCUCAUCUAUUAGAUGGUUAACCCCCAGUCGGGACUUGUGCCUGGUUGGGCUUUAAAGUAGUUUGUGGCGCUUACUCACAUUGUUCCCUGACUGUCUGGAUCUUUGCUGAUGUUCUUCAGAUGUGCAUCACUUUGGGCAAAAGCAUCUGCUGAAGUAAUUUGUAACAUUGCAGUGUAAGCAAAUAUUAUUCUGCCUUUCUUAUUAUUUAAGCCAAAUUUGCAUGGUGUUUGAAGUUAUGUUAAACAUAAGUAUGGUUUUAAUAAUAGUGCAGGAUUAAGGGGUCAGACUAAUGUUGCAGGGCCCACUGUGAUAUCGUACAGGGCCCGGAAUGCAUCCCCACGGACAUACUGUACAAACAGCCUUUCAGAUUUUUAUAUAAGUUGCCAACACCCUCAUGCAAGAUGGACACAAAAUGCAUAGAGAUGCAUAAAGGAAAAGACACACCUAAGUGACUGAAAUGACACGUGAGCAUCUGUUUGCACUGCAGCAACCGUCUGUAAGAGUGUGUGUGUAGAAGUUUAAAGAGUGUACAGUGGUGGACAGGAGCGCCCUCUGUCGGUGGAAGCGGUGGCUAGUCAGUGACGUGACAGUGACGAUACUUACGGGUGAAGCCAUAGAUAAAUUAUGACACUAGAUGCCUCACAGCCGUACCCAGGAUGCUGCAAGACCGCCGCCAUCUUGAAGCGGUACUAGUUAACGGUUUUGAGGUUUUGCAGUUGAAACGUUGGAAGCCUGCGGUUUACCUGACAAAAGCAUUGUUUACACGUUGCCCAGAACCGCCACUGCUGCAAAUUAAAAAAAGAAUGCAAAAAAAAAAAGUCACAAUGGAAGUUACCGAUGCAAAAAAGUGGCAAUGCAAGAAAAAAAAAAAAAAAAAAAACCCAUUUAAAAUGAACAGACAAACGGUGCAAAAAAAAAAAAAAAGCCACAUUGGAAAUUGAAGCCCAUUGAAAAUACGAAAAGAAAUCUUCCGAAGAAAAAGAAAAGCCACAAUGGAAACUAAUGAUGCAAAAAAAAGUGGCGAUGCAAAAAAGAAAAAAAAGGUCAUUUACAGUGAAAAUAAAAGGAUGCAAAAAAAAAAAGGUACAACAGAAGUGAGCUGCCGUGGACCAAUGAUAAUAAUACACUGGUGUUUUACGAUCUAGGCACAGACGACAGCGAGAAAACAAGCAAAAAAGUAAGUGUAACGGUUAUUGUUUAAUUAUGCUUUGUGUGCUUUUCAAUGUGGUUAGGCCUUGUAGCCCCUGAGUCAAUAUGAAGUUAAUCUGAAGCAAACACCACACCGCCAUCCUCCAGUUCAACUUAAUGUCGACUCAGGCACUACAUGGCCUAACCAAAUGACACAUUGAAAAGCAUAUGAAACGAAAUUAAACAAUAACCUUUCCACGUACUUUUUUUGCUCAUCUUCUUGCUGUCGUCAUCUGUGCCUGGAUCGUAAAACAUCAGUGCAUCAUCAUUAUUGGUUCCCGGCGGCUCACUUCUGUUGUGGCUUUUUUUAUUUGCAUCCUUUCAUCUUCACAGGAAGAAACUCUUUUUUAUGCAUCGCCACCUUUUUUUGCGUCAUUAACUUUCGUUCUGGCUUUUUUUAAAAUCUGCAUUGUUUCUUUUUUUUCUUUGCAGCGGGCUUCGGUUUCUUUUUUUGCAUCAGUAACUUCUGUUGCAAUCUUUUUUUUUGCAUUCUUCUUUUAUUUGCAGCAGUGGUGGUUCUUGGCCACCGUAUAUUUACAUUCAACACCAUACUUGCCAGCAGUCACCGGUACCGCUUCAAGAUGGCGGCGGUUUUGACGUUGUACGGAUCGUGAGGCAUCUAGUGUUAUGACAUCUACGGGUAAAGCAAUUUUCACUAUAAGCCCAGAACCUCUGGUCUGUUUAUUAAAGGCUAACUCUGCUAAACAGUGAAGACGUCUCUUGCUUUAGGUGAGUUUAAACACCGGCACAUACUAAGCCGUGAUAGUGUUAUUUUUGCUCCUGAUAGUUUGUUGAGGGUAAAUCCAGCCACCGUCUCAAUUUGAAGUCAAAGCUAGCUUGCACGAAUGGUUAGCUUGUAGCCGCUAGCCUAGCAGCAGACUGGACGAAAUGUGAAAUGUAUUUGGAAGAAAAGCCUUUUUUUAUUUCAAUCCUGUUGUAGCAGCUUUUUGAAACGCAUGUCGAGAUGUUAUGCCAAAACAGUAAAGUCAGAUCUCAGUGUAUUUAAUGUAAAAGCGUCCAUUAUCGGACACGUCCUCUGCUAUUCCUUAUUUAGCAUAGACGGGUCCUGUCAGCGUCUCCACUUUGAUCAUCCCACACUGUGAUACAACCCAGACCUGUGUGCAGAUAUAGAAAUGACAGUCACAGAUGUUUUUUUGGUCCAUGUAAUUGCCUCUGUCUGAGGGAAAGCUGGGUGUUGUAAAAAUAGUACAGGACAUUUUGACUUUAAUGACAAUCAGUUCUGAUCAAUGACUUCAUGUGCUGGUCUGAUGAUGAUGAUGUACCGAAAAACUGCUUUAUUUUUAAUGGUCACUGAGACAUGAAGUUGAUCUAACAUAGACUGAUAACCCUGAAUUUUCUUCACAUGGCUAAAUGAGUGUGUGUGAAAAGUCAACAAUCAUUUGGCAGAUACUUGUACAUGUCAGCAGAAGGCAGUAUGAGUACCUCAGCUCAGUGCUAAGUUGGGUGCGGUGUCUGCUCCCACCCUGCUGCCCCUCACCCUCAGGCGGGACUAAACCAUGGUCUGUUUACACAGAGGAAAACUUUUCAUUAAAGGGUCAAUGACACCAACUAAUCUUAUAAUAAAUUUGGUAAAUACAGGAAAUAAUCAACACAACUUUUUCUUUGUCAACAUUGACAACUAUAUAGAAUUUAUUGAUAUUCCUUCAGGAGCCAAGUCUACCAUGUCAAGUUCAGUUUAUUUUGAUCUCCCUUUGAAUGUCUGAUCACCCAUCCUUGGUGUCGGCUUUUUUGCAAUAAAACACCCAUUAUACAAGCAGGUUCAGUUCUUCUGUUUCUGAUGUUUAUGGAUGGUGAGUAGAGAUCAUCUGCAGCCAGAUACAUAGAUACAUACAUUGUGAAUCCGUCAGCUGAGAUGGCACAACAGAAAUCCAAAAUUCUCUUGUGGCGAUAUCAGCCAUCGGCCUAGCUGCUUUCUUGUUAUUUGUAUCAAUGUCGGCAUUAGAACAACAGUUAUUGGUCAACCACUACUAACACAAAUAUAUUGUUCCAUUUUGCGGCUCCUGUAUCAAGCAAGAGCCUUCUCCUUGAAACCAAGACUGCAAACUAAUAACCGGCUAGGGAGCCCGUUAUGAGCUCGUUAUUAAGCCAUUACAGAGCUUGAUAACGAGCUGAUCAUUUGAAUCAGGUGUGUUGGAGCAGGGAAACAUCCAAAACAUGCAAGACAGUGGGCCUCGAGGACUGGACUUGAAAACCACUGGUUUAGGCCAUUACUUACAAACUAACUAUCACAAGAAUAGAUUUCAGCAUAUGAGUGAUUGACCAUUUUAAACGAACAGCUUCCAGGGAAACACUCUAACAUCAUUUUAGUUCAACACGUAUGAAUGGAAAUUCUAUCGUCACAUUCCAGAUAUGAUAUGAUAUGAUAUGAUACGAUAUAGUGCUGGACGAUAUUGGAAAAAAACUAACAUUGUGAUUUUUUUUAAUACAGGAAUGUUCACCUGAAUAGCACUUUAUGCUAUGCUGCACUGCUUAAAUCUUGUGGACAGUUAAACUGCACUGAUCUUGCCUCUUUUUGUAAAUGUUAGUAGAAUGGCUUCUGUCUGUCUCAGUGAUAUUUUUAGCUUGCUUUUAUUGUGCUGGGACUUUAUUGUGGCAACAGAUGAAAAGCACUGCCAACGCAGACCACGUGUUUAGUCGACAUCAUCCUUCUUGUAACUGAAAUAAUUUCAGAUAACUGACUGUCCCUUUCUUUUUGGCGACAAAUCUUCAUUUCGGUGUUUUUUUUCUUGUUCGUUGCUCAUUUUGCAAUCGUCGUUGUUGUCACGGUGUUGUGCCAAAAAAACGCAUGCCGGCUGAGAAUUGCAUGCACCUCGCAAAAUGCGCACCGCCUAUAGUAGAGUGGUCCACGGAAAUGUACAAUUAAAAACCCAUGCAAUUCUUAUUUGUGUGGCUUAACAGUAAUGAGUGUGAUCUGAAAGUAAUUCUCAGUGGUCACGCGUUUCUCGGCACAACACUGGCAGCGCCAGCGACUCACUCCAUGUGUACCUCAGUCAGCUACACUUGAAAUUAGAUGAGUUCAUUCGCCACUUUCAUCGCAGGCUCUGCGAUGCGACCAUGUGCACACGUACAUCGUGAUGACGAUGCUCAAACGAUGUAUUGUGCAGCCCUACUCCAGACUAAAUCACUUUCUCUCUGUAACAUGCUCGCUGUGUCUAUCUCUCGUCUCUUCCAGUGGACAGUGGAUCUGCAGCCCUGUAUACUAAACAGGAGAAAGAGCUAGUCAUCAUGAACUGCGACAUAGAUGGUAGGUCUACUCACAUGCAUUAGUGUGUAACUAUGUCUGAGUGUGCACUGCAAAAUAACAGUGGUGUCAUCUAACUGUAUGUGAAUGACAUCAAUGUUUCUGUCUGUUUCAGGAGACAUGGAGAACCAGGUGGAGAUGGAGGAGAAGACAAGGUUAAUAAAUCAAGUUCUGGAACUUCAGCACACACUUGAAGGUGAUAUACUCGCUUUCUCUGCACUCAAUAUGGGGGAUUCCUCAGUGGUUGAAGUGAACAACAAAUGGCUGCAUAAUCGAUAGUUAUUUUUCUUACAAUAACCAUUUAACUCGAGUUGUAGAGAUGCUAUGGUAAGAAAUCCCUCAUUUUUAUGAGUAAAGAUUUCAGCUGAUGACUCUAAAUGUGAGUAGAACAAAAGGUUUGACUUGUAUCAUUAACUCCUUGUUAGUCUACCUCUAUGUUAAUGCUGUCAGGAGAAGGGAAAUCUGACUCCUACUAUUCUGCAGAGACUCAGCUGCUGCUGCUUCCCAUCUGAGGCAGACACUUUCAGUUAGUAGUUGUCGCUGCUGCUGUCAGGCCAAGUGUUGAUAAAAUUCAAAUAAUAUACGUUGAAUUAUUUUACCUGUCUUAAACCUGUAGUGCCCAGUGCCAGGUUCCCACCAAUUCUCCACCUCACUAUUCAUUCAUUCAUUCUGCCAGUCCUGUUCGCUUUCCACACCCACAAACUCCAAAUCCACUAAUCGCAGCACGCCGCCAUACCCGGUCAGUUUGAAAUCCCAGACCCAGAGAUGUUUGUAGCUGGGGAAAAGAGCAAAACAUCGCAUGGGGAAAAAAGAGUAGAGCAAGCAAUUUCCACACGCAAGCUUAUUACAGCCACUAGAACUGGUAAAGUCCGCUAAAUGACGUUUAAUGUGGUCCUCCUGUCAGAAUUAUUGUUACUGUGGAGUUAGGCGGACUGUGUUAAUCACACUUCUUGUGAGCAUGAAGGUUCAAACACCUGAUGCUUUUCUCCAUGCUUUAAUCCAGCAACACAAUAUCAGCUACAGCUUACAUAGUUGACUGUUAUCAUGCAAGAAAAGGUGGCCAAAAAACUGCUAUUUGAACCAGAUCACAUGAAACCUUCCCAAAAAAGGAGGUGGGGGCUGAGUGGAUGUUACUUUAGUUGUUCAGCAGUAUGAAAUAUGUAGUUAGACCUUUCCUUCAUUUGUUUUUUAGAUCUGUCAGCUCGAGUCGACGCAGUCAAGGAGGAGAACCUGAAGUUAAAGUCAGAGAACCAAGUCCUGGGCCAGUACAUAGAGAACCUCAUGUCUGCCUCCAGCGUCUUCCAGACCACCGACACCAAGGGGAAACGGAAGUGA